AUGCGGAGCAGCAUGCGAGGCAGCGGUGGAGGCGCGCGCUCGGCUAGAGCGAGCCGCGGCUCUACGCGGUUCACACAGCAACGAGGUGCCGGCCAAGGUUUCGGCGACGGUUCCGGGAGAACAUCCCAAUGCCAAGGUUGCAGGGGAGCGGACCACAACUACGACACGUGUCGUUUCCGGAGCUACGUGUGCCGCCGUUGCAAGCGCACGGACACCUUCGCCGGGCGUGCCCGCAGCACGCAGCAUAGUGGUUAUCCACUGCGGUACUUGGGCGAGGACUCCAACGAGGACGAGAACUAG